CCGAGUCAUCAUGGAUUGGGUAGCGUCAUCUCUGAAUAUUCUAGCACAGUUCCGAGAUGGACGUAUCCUUGAAACAAGGACCUACUAGGUCAGGCACAUACUACUACUCAUGAUUUUUGUAGCUUCCGCAGACAACGCUUCGUAAAGAUUCGCCAAUUCCCUGGGCGAUGUAACGGACACUCACGGAGUGACCGUAGGGGCAUAAAAAGUAGCCAUUGAAAGAUCAAUUGUUCCUCAUGAAUAUGGCGUCACCUCUCAAAGUUCUACUCAUUCUCUCGUCUGCUAUCACGCAGCAAGUAUCCUUAACACCCCCAAACGUCCCUUCGAGUAAUGAGAUUAUUCGCCAAACGUUUAAUGAGCUGGUUUUCACUCGACUUAUUAUAUACGGGUCCCCGAUCAUGCAGGCAAUCUACUGGAUUUUUUCUUUCACAGAGAUCGCCAUCAUAGCCUCUCACACAGCAGACUAUCUGUCUGUUAUACAGUCCAUCGCACAGUACGCGGUCGGCCACAGGAUUUACGACACUCCCAUUACUUUCCCUUUCGUGUUGGGCACCACACUUGCUGUCGCAGGGGGUCUCAUCCGCUGGUGGUGUUUUAGUACCCUCGGUCGUCUUUUCACAUUCCAACUCAGUGUCCGCAAAGGGCAUCAUCUCGUCACGACCGGACCAUACGCUGUCGUACGCCAUCCAUCAUACACAGGAGGUUGUAUGCAGAUGUUUGGCAUGAUAAUCCUGCACGGAUCGCCCACUUCAUGGCUUAGACACUCCGGAGUUUUAGAUAUUUUUGGACUCAAAUUGGCGGUAAUGGCAUGGCUUGCAGGGAUGGCGGUUGUUUUCAUAAGCUACCUGUUCAGGGUUCACGAAGAAGACGAAGCACUCAAAUCGGCUUUCGGGGAUGAGUGGGCGAGGUGGGCGAAGGUAGUCAAAUACCGACUGAUACCUGGCAUCUACUGAAUUCAUUACACUUGACGUUUUUGCGAUAGCGACAACUACUCACUGUUUAAUCUUAUAACUAGACUUGGAUUGGAGAGACGAUUCGAUAUAUUUUAUACAAAUUUUAUAGUAUUUCGACCUUGACCUUUUCUUUCUGUUAUCGUUGAUCUAUAGGCGAACCUAAU